ACUUUACUACCGAAGUGAUGUAACGACAGCCAUGGCGGACGUUGAAGCUGAUGUGACAGCCGGACAGCCAAGGAAGAGAACAUUUAAGAAGUUUAGUUACAGAGGAGUCGAUCUCGAUGCUCUUCUCGAUAUGUCUACUGAUGAACUCGUUAAGCUCUUCAAUGCUCGUCCUCGUAGAAGGUUUCAAAGAGGUUUGAAGAGGAAGCCGAUGACACUGAUCAAGAAGCUGCGGAAGGCGAAACGCGAGGCUCCACCAGGUGAAAAGCCAGAGUCUGUCAAAACUCGCUUGAGGAACAUGAUUAUCGUUCCUGAAAUGAUUGGAAGUGUUAUCGCAAUUUAGGUUUUAAAAUAAUAA